AUGUCUCGAAUGAGUAUGGCGCCGCAGCGCAACCUGUCGCUGACAGAAGAAUUGGAAAAGCUGGAGCAGUCCAUCACGCUCACACUGCAAGAAAUUGACCAAAACUUCAGCCGAGCACACCGAAUCGUCACCACCGGUAUCCUCCCAAUAGUCGAACAGUAUGGAAAGCAUUCGGAAGCCGUCUGGGAAGGCUCCAAGUUCUGGAAACAGUUUUUCGAGGCCAGCGCAAACGUGUCGCUCUCUGGUUACGAGGCCCCUGACCAAGACGAAUCAGCUGUACAUGAGGAGACGGAGCAAUCACAGACAUAUGAUGAGACGAUUGAAGACGAGGAUACGGUAACAGGAACGACCACGACACCACCCCGGCCCUUGUCUGCACAAGAAGACGCCGAGUCAACCAUGGCUUUCGACUCGCCUUCUCUCGGACACAGCACACCACGAGCUCCGCCCUCAAUCACAAAAGGCAAAAAUCUAGAAGACGAGCAAGAUAGUGAAGACGAGGAAGAGCCCCAGUUUGCUGGCAUGUCUUCACCUUAUGAAGCGCUGAAGUCUGAAUUCAGGCCCAAUAUCGGCGGCACCAAGACGCCAAAGCUCGAACCAGUCACACCCGGCAAGUCGCAAGCCCUACCAGACAUGAGCGGCUUCGAGUCUUCGCCAUUCAUGCAGCCUACAGCCACGAAACAGUCACACACCAACAACGACCCACUGCUCCACCGCGUCCUCGACAAGACAUACCGUGUACAAGCCACGCCGCUCAUCAGUCCAAGGAAAUACAAGCCCACGGGUGCUUUCACUCCUCGCGCCGGCCAGCGCGGUGCACCUACACCAAAGAGUGCUGCUACGCGAUUGUUAGACUUUGACUCUUCACCGCCCUCCUCGCCCGCGCCGCAACUACGAGCCGACAUCUUCUCGCCCAUGAAGACGCCGCGGACACCAGGCAUAAGCGUGCAGACACCUGCCAAGGGCAAGCAACCGAUGAGCAUCCAUCGAACUGGCGGUACAAUUUUCGACGACAGCGACGAAGAGGAGGACGAUCUUGACUUUAGCCCUCCGAAGACAAUACAAUUCCACAUUCCACAGAGCAAGCUGAUGCAGACGCCUGCCCGAGAAGCUAGCAAGCGCAUUGUGGACGACUUGCUCAUGACAGCCGGCCACGACGUUACGGAUUCGACGGGUGCUUCCGUCGUCAUUCCACAUAAUCGCAGGCAUCGACAGACGACGUCGGGAACAGCAAAUCCCAACCGACCUUCGUUCUUUCAUUCCGCACAUCCCGCCAUGCCCAAAUCAAAACGACCGCCGACUUCGGGCUAUGCCCGGAUAGCCCAGGCCGAGGAGGAGGAAGGCGACUCUGGCAGCGACUUGGAGGGUGACCACCACCAGAAUCCCCUAUCCAACGCGCAGUACGCCCCGAUACAGCCACAGCGGAAUUCGAAUAUGCGCAUGAACGGCUCCGGCGCGAACUCACCAAACCGUAAGAAGAGUUCUUCCGGGCGACGGCAACGCGCCAAUUCCGGCGUCGACAUCAAGGCCAUCAAUGCGCGAUUCGAGCGAUGGGCCGACGAGAUUGCGCAGAAAUUCAAGAUGAAGAAGCAGAAAGACUCGGCGGAAGAUGAGACGCUUGAGAUCCACCACUCCGUCUUCCAGGCGCCCGACUGGGUGCGACCAGCGACGGCAGAGUCGCUCACCUUUGACUAUGACGUUCCCUCUGAUCGGCUCACGAAACUCGAAUUCGACGACAUCGUGGAAAGUGUUCGGACGGCAAUCGAAAUGGACGUACAUCCUCUGCUGAUUACACAAGGCAGCUCGGGCAGCUACUUCGCUCGAACUACACAGGGCAAGGUCGUGGGUGUCUUCAAGCCCAAAGACGAGGAGCCCUACGCGUCAAGAAACCCCAAAUGGACCAAGUGGAUACACCGCAACCUCUUUCCCUUCUUCUUCGGUCGCGCCUGUCUCAUCCCCAACCUGUCCUACAUCUCCGAAGCCGCCGCCUACGUCCUCGAUACCCAGCUACGCACCAACCUUGUACCCUACACCGACGUCGUCGGUCUUUCCUCCAAAUCUUUUCACUACGACUUCUGGGAUCGGCGCGCAUACUACAGGAAAAGGAAGCCAUUCCCGGAAAAACUUGGGAGUUUCCAGGUCUUCUUAAAGGGCUUCAAGGACGCGAACAUCUUCUUGAAGGAGAACCCAUGGCCAGAUCAGCACAACACAGGCUACAGCGCUGAUAGAGCGGCACGCAAAAAGAAGCGAAGAUGGGCCGAGGACUGCAGACCCAAUGGCUCGCAAUCAGACGGCGAGGACGAUGACGAAGUAUCUGGGAACGGAUCCACACAACACCAACCGAGGGGCUUUUGGACGCCUGCCAUACAGCAGUCCUUCAGAGAGCAACUGGAGAAACUGGUGAUUCUCGACUACAUCAUGCGAAACACCGACAGAGGCCUGGACAACUGGAUGAUCAAGAUCGACCAGAAGACACAACAGGCAACCAUCGUCGCAGAGCCGCCCAAGAUGGAUGGCGAUGUGGACGACGAUGACCAUCAACCAAGCGAUUACACGAGGCAGUCGAUGGAGCAGUCCGGACUAGACCCGUACGGGCGAAGGGAGCCCAUGACCACGACUAGCCGGUCCAACACACCCAUGCAGAGUGGGCCAACGCCUACAGUGACUAUCGGUGCCAUUGACAACAGUUUGUCGUGGCCCUGGAAGCACCCCGAUGCUUGGCGCAGCUAUCCCUUCGGUUGGCUCUUCCUACCCGUCUCGCUCAUCGGCCAGCCCUUCUCCGAAGCCACUCGCCGCCACUUCCUCCCCCUCCUCACUUCGAAACAAUGGUGGAGUGAUACACAAUCAGCACUCCGCAAGUGCUUCUCGCAAGAUGCCGAUUUCAAAGAGCGCAUGUACGCUAAACAGAUCGCUGUCAUGAAGGGACAAGCAUGGAACGUAGUGGAGACGCUCAAGACGCCUGAUCUGGGACCACUUGAGCUUACAAGAAGAGCACGUGUAUGCGUGUGGGAUGACAUUGUGGAGAUACCGAUCGCUGUGCCACUGCGGGCUCCGUCCGCGGAGAUGCGAAGAAAACAGACGUCAGGCAGACAGUCACGGUUACAGGAAGAGCAUGAAGAGAUGGACAUCACAGCUGUAUCGACGCCACCACAGAAGCCCCAGCAAGACCUGCUCAUGAACUCGCCGCCGUUAGAAAUAGCGCACGAAAAUCGCUUCAAUCUCACGCGCGGCUCUUCCUCCCUCGACGUGCGACGUCCUGAUAAAGGCCCUGAAUCGCCAGCAACAGUGAGCGAUGUGUACUGGGGCUCGCGCAACCUGAACCCUCAUUCAAAUGGACGCCCUGCGCACCAGUCGCGAAUGAGUUACGAUGCGCCUCGCAGAAACACACGCGACUCACGACACCAUAGACGAUUCUCACUAACGAACAGAAGAGACGUUGAUGACUAUGGCUUUGACGAUGAUGGCGAUCUAGGAUAUGCCGCGAAUGAAGAUAUGGAAGGAAACAGGAAAAAGGUCAUUGUGGAACGGUUGGAGAUGCUCAGUUUGAGUGUUUUCUUCGUGACUUGA